AUGUCUGAGGCGUCGGUGAUAAACCAGGCGGAGGUGGAGGACGCGGCGGCGGCGGCCGGUCUGGACCUGCCGCCGGGCUUCCGGUUUCACCCCACGGACGAGGAGAUCAUCUCGCACUACCUCACCCCCAAGGCGCUCGACCACCGCUUCUGCUCCGGCGUCAUCGGCGAGGUCGACCUCAACAAGUGCGAGCCAUGGCAUCUCCCAGGCAAGGCCAAGAUGGGCGAGAAGGAGUGGUACUUCUUUUGCCACAAGGACCGCAAGUACCCGACGGGGACGAGGACGAACCGCGCCACCGAGAGCGGCUACUGGAAGGCCACCGGCAAGGACAAGGAGAUCUUCCGCGGGAGGGGCCUCCUCGUCGGAAUGAAGAAGACGCUCGUCUUCUACCUAGGCCGCGCCCCCCGCGGCGAGAAGACCGGCUGGGUCAUGCACGAGUUCCGCCUCGAGGGCAAGCUCCCCCACCCGCUCCCGCGCUCCGCCAAGGACGAGUGGGCCGUGUCCAAGGUGUUCAACAAAGAGCUCACGGCCACCAACGGGGCAAUGGCAGCGGCGGACGCCGGGAUCGAGCGGGUCAGCUCCUUCGGCUUCAUCACUGACUUCCUUGACUCUGGGGAGCUGCCGCCCCUCAUGGACCCUCCCUUGGGCGGCGACGUCGACCAAGUCACCGAUUUCAAGUCCACCUCUGCCUACGCCACCGGUGCCCAUUCCGGACACCAGGUUAAGAUGGAACAGCACAUGCCGCAGCAGCCGCCGCACAUGAUGUACUCGAGCCCCUACUUCUCCCUGCCGGCCGCUAACUCCGGCGACAUGUCGCCGGCGAUCCGGAGGUACUGCAAGGCAGAGCAGGUCUCGGGGCAGACGUCUGCGCUCAGCCCGUCCCGCGAGACCGGGCUGAGCACCGACCCCAACGCCGCCGGUUGCGCGGAGAUCUCGUCGGCGGCGACACCGUCGUCUCAGAAUCAAGAGUUCCUUGACGAAUUCGACGAGUACCCCGCCCUGAACCUCGCCGACAUUUGGAAGUACUGA